AUGCACGCUGCGUACGGGCAGAGUGUACGUGAAACGGAUGAUGUGUGUGACGAUAAGCAAAGAGCGUGUGAAACAUUUGCAGGAACUCGGUGUAGAAAGGAAAGCAAAUAUAUUAUCAGGAUACAGAGCACCGGAAUGGCGUUGACAGUACGAAGUAUGUUUCACAUGUGUUUAUAAGUGUACGCUGUACGUAACUAUGAUUUACACGUUAUAUAGCCGCAAAUUAUUAUUUAAACCGACGGCGUAAUGGUUUAAUGAAAUAAAUCAUCGUAACACGAAAAAAUUAUUUCAAAUACGCCAGGACAUUUAUGGGAAUUAGGGCAAAUUUAUAUGAUCGAAUUUCUUGAAAAAUCUCACAAAUCAUACGUAAGAUCUACAUUCGUUUCAUUAUUAUAUUUUUAUAUUUCAUUAUAUUUUAUGUUUUAUAUUUCAUUAUAUUUUAUUAUUAUUAUUAUUAUCUUGCGUUUCGCAAAUUGGAAAUGAUUUUCAGCGUCAAAUUCAGACGUCCGUUUCUUUAUUUGAAAUUUCAGAUCAAAGGACUGUGAUAUUGCAAAUAACUUUGUAAUUUGAGUCUUUGCUCUGCUGCAUCCACACAAUUCGGACCGAUUAAUCAUUUUCAUAUAUAAUAAUCUGGGUCAAUUGCCACGUUUUGUAGAUCAGCAACUAUUCUAAUGUGUGCUUAGAAAUAACACGAGAUGCAUUAAACGUGUACAUGUAAUAAUAAAUAUAUGAUAUCACGUCAAAGCAGCGGAUAUGUAACAAAUUUAAAUCGGAUAUCUUUUUGCAGAUAUCGUUAAUACUGUUACAAUGAUCACUGGUGACUGUCUGUUUCUAUAUUUUAAAAUAUUUUAAAUAUUAUUAUAAAUAUUUUAGAAUAAUUAA